AUGGGCGACGAGGUUGACAGACCACCGUACCGAUUAACAAAACGACAGAGUAAGGCAUACGACAAAUUUGCAGAUACGACCGCGAUGGUUUUGGAAGACACGGGCCAGAGGAGAGAUGCCACGGAAGAACGGAUGGAUCGUUUGGCGUUGGAGUUGACGGCGGCAUUGUUGGACCACCAGUCCAGGCAGAGCCAUUACGACAGUGCCAUUAUCAGCGGGUUGGCCGUCAUGGGAUUGAGAGACGACACGGGUUGGGUGGAAGCCAUAAAUUAUACGCCCAUUUAUUCGGCCGUCAUCAAGGUGGCCCGCAUGUUGGUGGUGUAUCAGUCGGUUAUACAACGCGAGGAUGAAGUAGUGGAGUUGACGAAGAAAAUGAACGAGGACGACGCCCAUGAAGAAGCAACAGCCAUUUUUACCAUUGUGCGAGAGAAAGUGCAGCGGUUCAUGACGCGCACCACGGACAGUCCCAGCGCGUUGCCGACCCCGAUGGAUUGGAUUUACGAGUGCCGCACGUACGGGAUGCAUAUCCGGUUCAACACGCCAGCCGGGGGCACCAUCGAUUGGGAGGGAGAACGAAUCAAACACAGGGACAUCAAGUUCACAAUGAACCAGUUGUCACAAAUGUUACACACGUCAGUGGACGAGGCACGAGGGUUAUUAGCGCAGUUAACGAUGGUUGAAAAGGAGGGCGUAGAAGGAUUACCGACGAUCGAAUGGGCCAAGAUGGAGGAUGACCACGGCGACGACCGCGUGGGGUAUUCGUUUUUACAAGACAAGCGCAAUGCAUGGUUGGAUAAGGGCCAUGAUUGGGUUUUGCGGCGGAUUGUAGGUUCCAAUGCACAAAAGAAGGCGUGGUUUUCCGAAGGCGUCAGCGACGCCAACCCAUACAAGCACAGCGCGGUGCGAAAGUACGGUCGUGCCGUCGAGCAGUUCCGCGAGAGGUUGUGGAUGAUAGUAAGGUCGACAGAGAUUUUAGGGAUCCGGUACGUCAACACGAUCAACGGCGGAGUACGGAACAUUUUGGCGCACAACAAGAUGAUGUGUUUCGUGACGUCGUACCACAAGAAUUUCCGGCAAAGCGGGCAGACGAAGGUGAUCCACCGGUAUUUGCCGCGCGAGGUUGGUGAGUUGUUGGUGUGGUAUUUGUGGUUGGCAUUGCCAUUUUGGCAGCAGGUGCAAGGCAUCGUGAAAGACGCAGACAACCGCAGCCCAUUUUUAUGGUCCGAUGAGGUGGUGAGCCGGGCGGGAGGCGAAGGAGAGACGGAGAGGGGGGAGCGACAGCGGAAGGAGCAAGAAGAAGGAGAGUGGUCCGAGGGGGCAGGGCAAGGGCGAGAGCAAGGCGAAGGAGAGGAGGACAUGACAGAGACAGCAGGUUUCAAGGAUUGGAUCAAAGAGCGCAAGUGGACGUCAGAUCGUGCGAGAAGAAUCAUGCAGCGGCACAGCGAGCGAUUGAUGGAGACCAAGUUGGGGUUGAGCGCAUGGAGGCAAAUGGCGAUUGCGAUUUCGAAUCGAUAUUUGCACAAAGCGUUCAAGGAGGAAGGAUUCGGUGACGAGGACGAAGAUGAGGUGGAGGAUGACCCAGCGGAUUUGCAGGCAGGGCACGGGACGCACGUGGCGGGUAUGAUUUACGCGCGAGAGUUGCAGCAAGGGAAUUUUGGCACGGCGACGCGGCGAGAGCAGUUCCGGGCGGUCAGCCGGAGGUGGCAUCGAUUUUUGGGAUUUGGGGCGGAGGAUUGGGGCGGGACCGAGUCCGGGAUGAAACGACAGCGGGACCCGUUCGAGGCGGCACGGGAAGAGGCACGGUUCCGGCGGUUUUCGCGAUUACAGCAAGUGGACAUGCGGGGCCAGUUGCGAAUGAUGAUGGGCGAAAAAGCAGAAUUCCGGGGGCAACAGGAGAUGGUCAUACGAUCAAUUGUACGAGGCGAAAGCCCGGUUGUGCAAAUCACGGGGACGGGAGGCGGCAAGAGUUUGUCGUUCAUGUUGCCAGCGUAUUGUUCGCCAGAAGGCACAGCAAUCGUGAUUGUGCCGUUGGUGUCGUUGCGGGAAGAUUUGCAUGACCAGUGCAACAAAAGCAUGAUCGAAUCACACAUAUGGCGGAGCCGGGGCGGCAAUCGGUUGGCAACGAUUACAUUCGUAACGCCAGAGUCGGCCGUAACAAAGGCAUUUCGCGAUUACGUCAAUUGGUUGCAGUCGCGUCAGGCAUUGGACCGCAUCGUGGUGGACGAGUGUCACGUAUUAUUGGACGGCAACGACCAGUUCAGACCGAAGUUGCAGGAGUUGGGGCCGAUAUUGAAGGAUUGGUGUGUGCAAAAGGUGUUUUUGACCGCGACGUUGCCCCCAGGGGAGGAUGCCGAAUUUUUCCGCGUGGCAGGGUUAGGGUUAACAUUGCGUACAGGGUCGAGACAGUCAGCGCAGCGGCAGACCAGCAUGAGGAGGAGGAAGACAGGAAAGUAUGUCAGAUGGUGCGGCGGUGGAUGGAGCAUCACGCCGACGGAAGGGUUAUUGUAUACGCCGGGCCGACAGACCGAGUAG